GACAAUACCAACAAUGUGUUGCCCGAGCUAAGGAGAGAGUGCCUGUAUCUGGGAGCAGGAAACAGAGGGGAGCUGAGGAGGAGAGAUGGGUGGGGGUGAGAACAGAGAGGUAAUUGUAUAUGUAAGAGUGAGGCAACCCUAGCAGAAGGGUAGAAGCAGGAGGAAAGGGAGAGAGAAGGAAGGGAGAUAUGAGUUCUUGGGAUGGGAGGACUGGGAAAGAAGAAGAAAAGCAUCAAAAGGAGAGAAAAGGGUGAAGACAGAAAGAAGGAGCACAAAAGAGCUUCACAGGAUGGGAGGAUGAGUCCUUGAGCACUGACACAAAGGUCAUGUGUGUGAGUCCAGAGACGGAGGAUGUAGUGGGUGUGAUCGACUGGCACAAAGAAAAACAGAAAGAAAAAGUCAAGUUGGGAGCCCAAGUGUGCCUAAGAAAGUUGGCGUGUUUGUAACUGUGUGUGUGAAACAAAGACGGACAGUGAGAAGGGAGUGGAGGUAGAUAAAUGGGGAGUCCACAUGUAACUGCAGCAGGACUGAGUUGGAUAAAGAGGUGUUUUUAAAGUGCGUAUAGAACGGAGAGGGUGGGAGUGGGGGGGCAGUGAGAGCAUGCAGAGUGUAUCCUUCCCUCUGUCCCCAUAGCACAGCUGAACAAGAGCCAGGAAAAGGGGAAGGGCCUCCUUCUCCUCCUCUCCAGCUGACAAAAACAGCUGCCCAGGAGCCCGGGCUGGAGCCUGUUUAGAGGACGAGGGAAAGAGGACAGAGAGGGAGAGAGGAGGAGGGAGGACAGACGGAGAGAAUAGAGAGGAGGAGGAGGAAAAAGUCCACAAGUCCAGGGCCCUGUCCACCUAUAUGGGUUGCGUCCUGAGUUCGGACUGGUGUGGGGAGGAAGAGGAGCAACCAGUGCCGGUGGUCAGAAACUCGUCUCUGAAGAGAAGGAGCCUGGAGAGGAGUGAGAGCGGCAGGAUGAGGCUGACAAAGCAGGCGGGGAAGGGCGAGCCCCACGUCUUCAAGGAAAAGACCUUCAAGAAGAAGCGGCAGUGCAGCGUGUGUCGUCAGAGCGUGGACCACGUGGGCUCCUUCUGCAGAGUGUGCAAGACAGCCACCCACAGGAAGUGCGAGGCCAAGGUGACCUCUGCAUGCAUCCCAGUGCCUGCCAAUGAUCUGCAGCGUAGAGGGACCGCUCCUUCUCGACACACCCAGCAACUGGGGUCCACCAAGUCUCUGACCUAUACCAAACAGAGAAACACCCUGCCAAGGAGCUUCAGUGUGGACCGUGUGAUGGAGAGAGUGAUGGAGCGCCACUACGAUUUCGACUUGACCUACAUCACAGAGAGGAUCAUCUCCGUCUUUUUCCCUCCGAAGCUGGAGGAGCAGAGAUACCGGUUGAACCUGAAGGAGGUGGCUGCCAUGCUCAAGUCCAAACAUCAAGACAAAUUCCUGCUCCUGAAUCUCUCCGAGAGGCGCCACGACAUCACCAGAUUAAAUCCAAAGGUUCAUGACUUCGGCUGGCCUGACCUCCACGCCCCACCGCUGGAUAAGAUCUGCGCCAUAUGUAAGGCCAUGGAGACGUGGUUGACCUCUGACCCCCAGCACGUGGUGGUCCUACACUGCAAGGGCAACAAAGGGAAAACAGGCGUGAUUAUUGCGGCCUACAUGCACUACAGCAAGAUCUCCGCAGGGGCGGACCAGGCUCUCAGUACUCUCGCCAUGAGGAAGUUCUGUGAAGAUAAGGUGUCCUCUUCCCUCCAGCCGUCCCAAAACAGGUAUAUCUAUUACUUUGGGGGCCUUCUGUCUGGGGCAAUCAAGAUGAACAGUAGCCCUCUCUUCCUCCACCAAGUUCUCAUCCCAUCGCUCCCCAACUUCCAGGGUGAAGGAGGUUACUACCCCUUCUUGAAGAUCUACCAGGCCAUGCAGUUGGUUUACACUUCAGGCAUAUAUGACCUUCAAGGAACUGGCGGCAGGCGGCUGUGUGUGACAAUCGAACCAGCACUGCUGCUCAAAGGUGACAUCAUGGUCAAAUGCUACCACAGGCGAGCUCAGAGCGCUGACAGAGACACUGUUUUCAGACUACAGUUCCACACGUGUACCAUCCACGGAUCCCAGCUCUGGUUUGGCAAAGGGGAGCUGGAUGAAGCUUGUAUUGAUGAGCGUUUUCCAUCUGAUGCCACAGUGGAGUUUGUCUUUUCCUCUGGUCCUGAAAAGAUCAAAGGUCGUGAGUACCAGAAGAAUGACCCGGCUGUCACAGUCGACUACAACACUGCUGACCCAGUGGUUCGCUGGGAUUCCUAUGAGAACUUUAACCAGCGAUACCAGGACAGUCUGGAAGAUAUUGCUCACACCAGAGGUCCUCUAGAUGGCAGUCUCUACGCUCAGAUAAAGAAGCGCCGAGGGCCUGGCUCAGGUUCUCUCACCUCAACUAAUGGCAGCAGUCCAGGGGCAGGCCUUCCUGAAGAUAGGCCUGAUCAUUUCAGCGCUCAAGGUUCUGACUCCGCCCUCUCAGGCCAUUCCAUCCAUUUGAACCAAUCAUCUGCCCACUCUGACCGCCAGGAGGAGCCCAUUCGUCCGCCGCCUCCAACCAGACAGGAACGAGAGGAGCUUGAGCGUCUUCUUGGAGGCAUAGAGGGUAGCCGAGAUGGAGAGCGAGAGACCGCCAUCUUGGAUGAUGGAGAUUCCUUGCCUUCUGAGCGAACUGGGACGCUGAGGCUCAGUCGCUCAUGUUCCUGCCGCGAUGGUUACAGGUCCCAGCGCUGCGCCGAACCUGGCUGUGACCGCACCCUCCUCAUGCCUAAUGGUUACUGCCUCGAUCGCGCUCCCGGCACCAACGGGCACCACGGAGCGACCCCUUCUGCCAGCCCCAACCCAGCUGCUCCUCCGUCACACAUGGAUCUGUGUCAGCACUAUAGUCCCCACUCCCACCAGUCCCUUCCCCCUCCAGAUUUGGUGUGGGACCGCCAGAGCGGUCCACCCCACUACCUACACCGCUCCUGCUCAGAGGCUCCCUCAUCUCGACAUAUCUGCCCAUACCCAUCACCUGACCUUAGCCCUCACUCUCAGAACCCCCCACAUCACCACCCUCUGUCUGCCCCGGGUCGCCUCUGCUGUCGAGAAGAUGACUACGGUCCGUACCACCACCCUCCUCCGCCUCACAGCCACCACCAUGCCCAUGCACAUCACUCCAAAACCUCCACCAGCCCUACCUACCAUGAUAUAAUGCUAAUGGAUGGUCUGCCGCCCCCUGGCUGCCCUUGCAGAGACUGUGCUAUGAGGAGAGAAGAUUCUGCGGCCUAUCAUAGUCUGAGGCUGGACCGAGGUGACAACUUCCACUGGGACAGAGAGGCAGAACUUCAACAGAGGGAAGUGGGGCUUAGGAGAGCCAGGGAGGCAGAAUUACCCAGAGGGUCAGAACUUCACUGGGAGAGGGAUCCUGGGCUAAGGCGAGGCAGGGAGCUGUCCCUCCACUGGGAGCGAGACAGGGAGGCUGAGCUGCAGUGGGAGAGGGACAGAGAGGCUGAAUAUUGGCACAGGAGAGCCACCGUAGCUUCCUAUGGACCACAGGGUCACGAUUUUCCAGCCUACGCAUUUGACCCCUUACCAUCAGGUCACCCAGCUUAUCCAGAGGCAUCGAGGUCUCAUGCUCAUUCUCACCUGGAUCUGAAGUACAGCAGCAGCAGCAGUGGGUACCAAACACCCCGCCAGGUGUGCCCCUGCUCGCCUUACCAGCCGUCGCCAUCUGAAAGCAGGGGCUACGCCUCGGGCUACCAGUCUGAGUCCACGUCCCCGCUGCCUCCUGCUUCCUCCAUGACAGGGCCCUGCAGCCACAGCAAUGGGCCGGCAGAGCAUAACCAUAACCACCACCAUCACCAUCCAGACUCACAGCAGUCAUACGGCUCUGACUCACACACUGAUGGCCUCCGCAGCUCUGGUGAAAGCGUGGGCUGGAGGGAUCACAUUACCCACGGAUCCUUCAAGAGGGUCCACAGAGACGCCCACGCCGCGUGCUCCACACCGUCUGACAUGUCUGGACCACCCACUCCUGUCCACACCAGCAGCCCUCUACGCACACAGGAAAGCCCCAGUCCAGGAGGGAGGGAGUAUGAGAUCCGGACCACAGACAUCAUCAGCAGUGACUGUGAGGCUUCCCAGCCCCAGGACAGACACUAUCGAGCUGAUGAUAUCGUCCAAGAAUCCCCCGAGAGCCAAAAAAUCAGCACAGAGCCGUCAUCUUUGUCAUCCACCAAUGACACACAGUCACACACAACCACACCUACACAAACAGAACCCCACAACCACUGCACUGAACAAACAGACCCAUCCCCUAUGACUCCCCACCAGCAGCACUGUAGCCCAGUUAUGCCCUCAUCUUCUCUGUUUGACUCUGUGACACCAGUCACCCCAAACCAGGGACACUGCCAGGCUCCUUUAUCCCCUGUCCAUGCUUCACCUGCACCAGAUACACACCCCCAACCUGGCCCUCUCCUGACCCCCCAUCCAUCAGAGGCUGCUGCUCUGCCUUCCGCUGUGGCACAGGCAGCGUCCCAGCCUCAGAGCCAGACCCAGACCCAAGCCACUGGCUCCGCAGAGGUCAGUGGGUCUUCUCCGACCAGGGAAGCUCACCCAGAAGCCCCAAAACCCAGCAACACCUCCAACACCCAAGCUCCUGCAUCUCCCACCCCAGCUUCAUCAUCAUCUCCUCAGCCUGCAUCCAGCAGCAUGGAGGGCUCCCCUGUCUCUGAUGCCCCAGUUCCAGGCUUCGCCACCUUGGGCAGGAGGUUGAUGUUGAGUGGCUCUGACCCCCAACAUCCAAACCACAUUCAGCAGCACGGACCUCCGCAUCACAACUACCCAGCCACGGAGCACUCUGCUGCUCUGGACACCAACAAGAGGCACUGCUACUCCGCUCACACUCCUCAGCUUCACCCAUCCUCCUACUCAAACUACUCCACCAUCUCCAUCCCCCUUCCUCACCCGCAACCGCCUUUGCCAGAGAAGCGUCACCCACCCACCCAGUCAGGUUUACCCAGCGAUAGCGUGGGGACUCUGAGGCCAGCCGUGGGCCAUGUGCCUCCCACCACUGCCAGCACCACCCAGCAUCAGCACCAUGUCACAUUCUCUCCCACCGUGGGGGAAAUUGCACCCCCUGCAGGCCAGAAUGAUGGCGUGGCCUCUGUGGAGGUUGAGAGUGCGAACAGGGUCAGUGUGAAGUUUGUCCAGGAUAGUUCUAGAUUCUGGUACAAGCCUAGCAUCUCCAGAGAGCAAGCGAUCGCAGCUCUAAAGGAGAGAGAACCAGGAACCUUCCUGAUCAGGGACAGUAACUCUUUCCAGGGGGCCUAUGGUUUGGCCCUGAAGGUGGCUACACCUCCUCCCAAUGUCAACAACCACAGCAGCAAAGUGAGUGACCCUCUGGAACAGCUGGUCAGACACUUUCUAAUAGAAACAGGCCCCCGAGGAGUCAAGAUUAAAGGAUGUCAGAAUGAGCCCUACUUUGGGAGUUUGUCUGCAUUGGUGUACCAACACUCCAUCACCCCCAUUUCUUUGCCCUGUGCUCUGAAGAUCCCAGAAAAAGAUCUGAUAGGAGAGGUACAGGAGGUUCAACCAGUGAGUAACAUCAGUACGGCUGCUGACCUGCUGAAACAAGGAGCAGCCUGUAACGUCCUCUACCUGAACUCUGUGGAAACAGAGUCUCUGACUGGCCCCCAGGCCAUCGCCAAGGCAACAGAUGCUACCUUGGGUCGUAACCCGCGUCCCGCUGCCACUGUUGUACAGUUCAAGGUGACGUCGCAGGGCAUCACACUCACAGACAGCCAGCGCAGGGUUUUCUUCAGGAGACAUUACCCAGUUAACAGCGUAACCUUCAGCAGCAUCGACCCAAAGGACAGGAGGUGGACUAACUCAGACAACACCACUGUUAAGGUGUUUGGUUUCGUAGCCAAGAAGCCCGGCAGCCUGGCAGAGAACGUUUGCCACAUGUUUGCAGAGUUGGACCCAGAGCAACCUGCCUCUGCCAUCGUCAACUUUAUCAACAAGGUCAUGUUGUCGCAGCGCCGAUAAAGACAAAGAUAGGAAACUAAACUCAGAGCAUACAAGCAGUGGCAUGGAGCAUAUAGUAUUGACAAGGCAUUUACUGCAGUGUAAUGACCCUAGUGCCAGUGCUUGUGUUCUCUACGUUUGGGCUGUGACACUGAUCUUUGUUCAUCAGCUGAUGAUGUGACAAAGAUUUUCUUAUUGUAAGGUGUAAAUACAUUAAGAGGCAACUGAAAAUCUUAGUCCAUGAUCCCUACUGAUGGUUUUUCAUUUCAUUUGUCACUCUGUCUGCUCCUUUUCCAAAAGGUAACAGUUUUCUAAUACAACACAGUCUUAUUGGAUGCAAAAACACAGUCAGAGUUCAAACAAAGCCAUGAUGUAUAGUGUUACAACUCCUCCAUGGCUGAGGAGGCUUCAGAGGAAACUUAAAUCCACAAUGGCUUUCUACGUCUCACAGGGACCUGUAUCAUGAAGAAAGAUUAAUGGGGUAGUCUGCUAUCUUUGGACUUAACCCACGUUUUCUGGUAUCACAAAGCUGGCUCACUUUUAACAGGAGUAUAUCACCCUGUGACAUAUCGUGCUCAGUUUCACUUUAAUUUUACAUCAUGAUAAGUGUAAGACAGCUCUGCAAUCAAAGUAUGCUCCUUAUAACUCCAGAAACUGCCUGAGAAUCAACACAUUUUUAAGUUCACUUCAGUAUCAAAGUAAUAGAGUGAGUCUGUCUUCACCUCACUGACAAACAAAAAAUGGCAACUGUAGCUGCAUAUUAACUGCGCACACUGUUAAUUAGCUCAGUGGAUUAUAAAUGUAACAUUUGCAGUGGGAUACAUUUUAUCUGGGAUCAGUUUAUUCUCAUCAGAUUUUUUUAGAUGGACUAUCUCAACUUUUCCUCUCUGCCUUUUGCAGCAGAAACAGCCUGAGUUUACCAGUUAGCUGUUUUUUGUACUUUCUUCAUCAUGAGAUUUUUCACCAUAGGAAAUAAACAAUCGGACAUCAAAUUAUUUUUUCCAUACCUACUCUAGACUACUGAGCACAUUGGAAAUGCCAGCCAUAUAUGAAUAUACCUGUAUAACAGCUCUUUUAUCUUUUAGUGGUGGAUUUACAUCACUUUUUGCUGCUACUCUAACCUCAUUGACACAUGGGUACCACCAUUCAUCUUGUGCUACAUUAACUUCACAUUAACAUGCUCAUAGAUGAAUAGGUAAACCAAGAGUCAGCUGAGCCAGUUGAUAACCAGCUUGAUGAUGUCCAGGAUCACUGAGGCCAGGUAGCUCACAGAGAACCAGACAAAGCUGGACUUGCUCCCUGAUACAGGUCUCUGGUAAACGAUGGUUAAACACAGUUUUUAUCACUGUGGUGUGGCUCCAGUCAAACAAUGAUAUAAGUGCUUAAAGCAGCUUUAAGGACACAGAGCAGACAGUGUGGAGCAGUUACAAAGAGGAUACUUCCUUGCACUGUCUGAGGCCAACAAAGCGCUGUGAGGUUCAACACUUGGACCUUAAAAAACAGCAGGUGUUUAUAUUCUGUAUUGUUUCAAAAUCCCUUAUUUUUCUUUGUUGAAAAACGUGACCAAAGCCCUGAUGGUGUAAUUUAGUUUCUAUAUCUUGACAUGUUUGGUAUUGCGAUGUAUGUACAGCCACUCUUGCCUUCCCCACCCACAGCACCUUUACCAGUGUAACACAUUUAAUCAUAAUCGACAAUCAUGUUGUUUUUUUUUUUUCACUCACAUACACUGAAAACACCAGAGCGAGUGAGAGACAUAACUCUCUGAUGAAAGUAAAUGUGAAUGUGAGGUUUUUAACUUUUAAUGAGUGUGUGUGCGAGGAAGUGGCGUGCCUGCGUGCGUGUGUGUGUCGAGGGCAUUUAGGUAAAUAUGUUGGGUAGAGGUAUUGUUACGUCCACUUUUCAAAGAAAUGUAUGUGAAAUGGGGAAAAAGCUAGAUGUAGAAGGACGUACAGUGUUAAACCACACCACUGCCAUGAAAUGUUUGCUGUUCAUUCACCGCUUCACAUCUUGUGACUAAAUCCAUUAUAUAAAACGUAUUUACAUGUUAUUAAAGACAAAUAAACACACAAAAGCAAGACAGUGGCCUAUAGACAGAUGUACUUAACCAAAGACAAAGCACUCUUGUAUUAAUAAGCUUUUUAUCCAGCUAUAUUUUUGUACUUAUUGCUUCUUGUAUUUUUACUAUGCAUUUAUUUAGUGUGUCGCCUUGUUUGGUAAAAACCUAGAAAAACACUACUUGUAUUACAGCGAUAAUAUAUUGUGGUCUGUUUUCUUGUUGAUCUCUGUAUUAUGUAGUAAUAUAUUUUCACAUGCAGCUAUAGGACAGUGUAUGAGACAUAAAAAGGAAACAUUUGGUUUUUUGAAAAGAAUAAUAUGCUAUUUUAUAUGCAAAAAAACAAAGAAUAGAAUUAAACCGAAAUGAUGUGGUACCUAAA